AUGCCUCAAUUAGAACCAGCAGAAAUUAAAAAAUAUUGGCAAAUAUUUGGAAGUUUAAAGCCAGUAGAUAAUAAAGUCGAUCAUGAUCAAGUCUCUCCAAUAUUGUAUAAUUCAAAACUAGAUUCCUCUAUAUUGAAUAAAAUUUGGUUUUUAGCAGAUAUUGAUGAUGAUGAUAAUUUAGAUUUUGAAGAAUUUGUAAUUUGUAUGAGAUUCAUAUAUGAUUUAGUUAAUAAAAAUAUCGAUUCCAUACCUGAUGAAUUACCCAAAUGGUUAAUACCUGGUAGUAAAGGGAAAUUAGUUAAAGAAAGAAUUAAAAGAAAACGACAAGAAAACGCUGAUAUUCCAAAAAUUGAAACUCCUGAGGUCGAUUGGUAUAUAUCAUCAGAAAAUAAAAAUUCUUAUCAACAAAUCUUAGCUAGUAUACAUUCAACUUCUUCAACAAAUUCAUAUCAAUUUAAAGAAUUAUCAGAAUUAUUGAAGACUAAAUUUUUCAACGUUGGUGGUAGUGAUUUGGAAAAAAUUUGGAAACUAAUAAACACUCAAAAUAACGAUUCUAUUGAUGGUGAAUUAGCAUUAUUUUUCAUUCAUAUCUUAAAACAGCGUAAUGAUGUAGGUUGCAAAAUCCCAACUCAUUUACCUAAAAAUUUUGCUGAAUUAUGUAAUAAUCAAAAAAAUAAUUAUAAUUUAGGAUUAUCUACAAAUUCCAAUACAGGAGCUACUUCCUUACAAACUCAAACUACAAUGACAUCUAUAUCCACGGCUAAUAAUAACAGUAGUACCCCUAAUACCCCUGUGUCUGGAACACCACAAGAACAAAUUACACAACUAGAACAAGAAUUGGAAAAUCUGGAAAAACAAUUAGAAGACGUUAUACAAGCCAACAAGACAAGGGAAGAAUUAGAAAAAAAUAAUAAUCAAAAAGAUAAUUCUGAUAUAUUAAGACAACAGUUCGAAGGGUUAUUAAAUUAUAGAAAACAACUCGUCACUCUAGUAAACACACCUACUAAUAAUAAUAGCCCUUUGGAUAUAUCUUCUUUAAAUAGUGAAAUGGCUACCAUUGAACAACAAGUACAAGUAUUGCAAAACUAUUUAUCUGGUAGAAAAAAUGAGCUAAACAACUUAAAGAUUCAAGUUAAUUCAAUUGGUAGAUGA